AAGCAGAAAGCUGAAAAAGUCACCCAGAGGCUCUUUCAUAUCUAACGGAGCGACGGUGCCACAGGAAGUGAGAGACAGAGAGCAUAUUGUGGGUCAUUUUCAGAGGACAGGAGAAUAAUACACUGCUGUACUCCUGCUGUUAUCUCACAGUCAGUCUGCUCCCACAGCAACAGCCUCCAUCACCAGAGUGAAGGUAGAGAGACUCUAAACAAGUGACCCAGCCUCAGAGCACGCCCUUGGAUAUCUCCUGUGAAAGGUAGAACAAUCUGCAGCAAAAAUGGGGUGCUUUGGAUUCCUCAAAGCCAUGAUGUUUGUCUUCAAUGGCAUUAUUUUUUUGGCAGGUGCUGCCAUCCUGGGUGUUGGGAUCUGGGUGAAGGUGGACAGCGGCUCCGUCCUCAACUUUCUCGGGAAAAUUGAAAAAAUGCCAGCAGAGCUCAGUCAGGUGCUCAAUGUGGGCUACCUGCUGAUUGCAAUAGGAGCACUCUUGCUCAUCAUCGGCUUUCUAGGCUGCUGUGGAGCCGUCAAAGAGAGCAAGUGUAUGCUGCUGCUGUUUUUCAUCAUAGUCCUGGUGGUCUUCAUAGCGGAGGUUGCAGGAGCAAUAGUGAUCUUGGUAUUCAGACCCUUGGCGGACGAGUUGUUUACCAAGGUUGGCAAAGCUGCAGUUGAGAACAUCAGGAAGGACUACGGGAAAAAUGACGACGUUACCGGACUGUGGAAUACUACAAUGACCACGUUAAAAUGUUGUGGAUUCUACAACUCAUCAGACUUUGUGGGCUCUCCAUAUUAUGUGGACCACAGCCAGCAGUACCCACCACAGUGCUGUCCAGGCCUCUAUAGCACCUGUAAUCAAACGAUGGUUGACAGUGUCACGACAAUAACUGGCUGCUUCCCAAAGAUCAAGCAGCUGAUUGAUGACAACACGGUGGUUAUUGUGGCGGUGGCCCUGGGAAUAGCAGCUCUGGAGAUGUGUGCCAUGGCUGUCUCCAUGAUCCUUUACUGCAGAAUAAAAUCCAGAGGGGACUAACUGCAAAUGAUGAAGGACUUGGAAGGAUCCUUUUAAUGCAGCCCAGUCACACAGCAGUCUGUGAAAUAGUCACGAAAUUGAAUGUAUUGAUUCGUAUACAUAGACACGAAUAUACAUUUUUUUUGUGAUGGUCAGCACAAAAUCAAUUUGUAUGUAAUCUACGUAAUUGUGAACCGGGAAGUAUAAAGAGCAACAAAUGCUGCGUAGGGGGGAGGUCCUGGUGGAUGGGUUGGUCAAAAACAGAGGACUUUUGCUCAGGAGACUGGUGUUCGUGACCCGUGUGAAACCACAAGUCAAAGUUGAUUUAUUGGUCGCGUAACUUCCUUACUUAAGUUACGGCACUUCCAGAGUUAUUUUAACCCAAACCACCAUCUUUUCCUAAAGCUAACGAAAUAGUUUUUGUCACGUAACUUACGCACUUAAGCUACAGCACAUCCUGUGUUAUUCAAACCCAAACUGCGAUCUUUUCCGAAACCUAACUAAGUUGUUUGUUUCCCAAGCCUAACCAAGUCAAUUUAUUCCUAAACGUAACCAAGUAGUUUUAUUUUAAAAAGACUGGAACGGAAAUUGACACGUGCGUCACAUUUGUAGGAAAAUGCACGAAAAAUACGUUGUUGAAAGUCAUGCUGAGCAUCACAGGAAAAAAAGGGAAAUAUGUGUCUAUGUAAACAAAUCUAAUAGAUACAAUUUUGUGACUAUCUCACGAACUGCCGUGAGAAUGUGUUGUUUAAUGACUGUGGUCUUUCUACUUCCUAUAUUGCCUCUAGAGGUGUGAAGGGCUACGCCUUUAUCUUGCAAAAAAUGCCUCGCAUCAGAUCUUGUGCAAUCAGACUUUUUGAAUGACAUAACAAAUUUAUUUUUACUACAUUUAAAUCUUACUACACCUAAUAGCUGCCGCAUAUGAAUGUACAUUAUCUAUUCCUUAAGAACACUACACUUUGUAAAACAGGCUAUACACACUGCCUACUUUACCAGAGAUCAUUUGAAAUGUCAGUCUGUUUAAAUAGCAGUGCUACUACCUGUAACAUACGGCCAGUCGAUGAGGAAUCACAUGAUAACUGCGUUCAUUGUGAUAAUGAAACAAAGGCUGGUAUGUUGGACACGGGAACCACUAUUGUGAAUGUUGUUGCCAUGACGCAGCAUGUAAAAUAGCAACAGAAUUUAUGCAUUAUUUCUAUGUAUGUUGUAUGGUGAUCCAUUUUUAAAUAAAGUGCAAAGUAUUUCUAGACC